AUGGCAGUCAACAGAAACGUUAAACAACUUGACGUGUCCUUUUAUCCUAAGGACGAGACUAAAGCAAUCGAAUUUCCCCAUUGUUUAGUGACUUGCAGUUCGUUGGAAGUAUUAAGUUUCCAUGGAAGUUAUAUCAGCAGUCGUGGUCUAAGUUUGCCGAAGUUUAAGGGGUUUCUGGCACUUAGGGUUCUUAAAUUGACCGAUGUUGACUUAUUAGACGACAGAGUUUUGCUCAAGACGCUGAGUAUUGACUGUGAAGAUGAAGAUGGGCGCUGUUGUGACAUUAAGCUUUCUUGCCCAAAACUGGUGGAUUUGGAUUUAACAGGUCAUAUAAGGUGUAAUUCUUUCAAUGAACGUCUAGACUCCUUGAAGCAAGCUGUGAUUGAGCCUAAAUUGGCGGGGAACACCAUAUCCGUGCUGUUUCCUGGAAUUUCGUGUGUGGAAUCUUUGUGGAUCGACCUUUGCCUCUUCAGUAAGUGCAUUGAUGCUGCACAUGAUCCUUCUCUACCUAAUCUGAAGACUUUGGUGCUAAGCACAACUAUGGAUGACUUCACCAUGGAUAACUUCAACCAAGUUCUCAAAUAUUAUCCCAAACUGAAGUAUCUCAAGAUGAACAUUGAAAAGGAUUUUAAUGGAAAAUACCAGUGGUUGGGUGAAGCUAAAACAAGGAGAAUCUUGAGUAGUGAUGUGAAAAGGGUCGAGUUUUUCGAAUUCAAUGGAGAAAAACCGAAACUAGUUAUAGACUGGACUGUUGAUAUAUUGCUUUUGUUUUUCACUUGGGUCUUGGGGUAA